AUGGAUUCACAAUAUUUUGUUCGCAUCAAAGUAAAAGCUUGUGGUGAAGUUGGAAUUGUAUCAUUUGUUGAAGAGCUUCCUGAGGACUACAAAGAGACCGAUGUUCUUCGAGUUGUUUCAAGUUUUAAUGAGAAUCCAUCUGUGCAUGGAAUUAUUAUGCAACUUCCUCUUCCUCAAGGGAACCACUGUUUGCUCCUUGUGCCCCCAAAGGGAUGCGUUGAGUUGUUGCUCCAAUAUGGUGUGGAACUCAUUGGUAAGAAAGCGGUGGUAAUCGGGAGAAGCGUCUCUUUCUUGGUCUAUGCGAGUGAACACAAUGGAAGGAGUUGCCAAAUGCUUGGUUUAUCUGCACGAGUAUAG